AUGGACGAAGCCAUCAAGAUCGUCUGCGCGAAGAACUUCCAUCAACGCCUUUGGGUGCCUGCUACGCCAGAGCACGAACGAUUGCGUGUGAUAUACUCGACCUCGAGCAACUUUGAUGAUGACAGCUUGCCUGCUUUCCUAUUCUGUGGUCCAAUGUUUGGAAGUAGGUGGAAUUGCCUUGACUUUGACUACUUCUUCCGACAGAACAAGGUUAGAGUGAUAUGUGUGGAUAGGCCGUCGAUGGGAGGCUCUACGUCUGUCGAUAUCAGCAUCCGCGUAAAGGUCUGGCUGGAGACUGUGCCUAUCUUGCUUCAGGAGCUCAACGUCAAGCAUGUCCACCUUCUCUCACAUAGCGCAGGCACGAUCUACGUGCUCAAUACUCUAUAUCAUCACCGAGACAUCCUGUACCCGGACCGACCACAAAUUGCCAUGCUCGCCCCUUGGGUACAUAACAGCCAUUCUAACGCUACGCUGAUGAACAUCGUCUCGAAGAUCCCUAACUCACUUUUCGGCAGCUGGAGCAACAUCACGAAAUUCGUUGCUGGUCGGAUCAUGCCGGCUACUGCGUGGUCUGGUGGUGCACUGGCCUGGUCCGGUGGUGCUUUGACGGCUGUUGGGAAUUUGUUUCAAUCUUCAUCAGGAACGGAGGAUGUGGCGAAGGAUGAUGCGGAGCUGACGCCGGAGGAGAAGUAUGGUGUGCCGGAUGAGAUUGCACAGCAUAUCGAGAAGCUGAGGAUGAAGUACUGUCUUGCUGAAAGCUGGGCGGCGGGCAAUGAGGACGCUAUGCUGUGCUUGAAGAAGGGUGGAACAGGACUUUGGGGGAUUUGUGAAGAGUAUCCGGAGUAUGUGCAGUCGCUCGUAAGUUUGGAGAAGUCAAGGCGGAACACGACAGAUCUAGCACCGAAGCUUAGCAUAAGAGUGUUCUUCGCCGAGUCGGACGUGAUGAUUGGGAAGGAGGGCGCAGCUUAUUUCAAGCAGUGCUGGGCUCGAGAUGGUGUCCAAGAUGUGAUUGACCUUCAGUUCCACGAUCUACCCGGAACAAACCACGAUUCUGCGAUACUGGACGUCAAGAAGGGCGGACUGAAGCCAGUCUUCGAGGAAGUCACACAAGGGGUUUAG